GGGCACGACGCGAUGGCGGCGGUGCUGGCAGCGGUGCUGGCGGCGGUGCUGGCGGUGUGCGGGGCGCAGUGCCCGACCGCGGCCGACCUGAAGCCGGCCAACGGCACGCGGCUGUGCGCUCAGCUCUACACCGAGGACAGCGUCUACUACGACCGGUGCUGCGCCGGCAAUUCGCUGGCGGUGCCGCCCGGCGCCGACGUCCCCUAUAUGCCCACGGGGUGGGCCGGCGAAGUCUCCUCGCUGGUGGUGGGCACGCGCUGCGAGCUGACGGUGUGGUCCAGGGCCGGGAAGGGAGGCAGCACGAAGCACUUCUCGGCGGGCGUCUACCCGAGGCUGCAGGAGGUGCGCAGGGGGCUCUUCCGGGACUGGAAUGAUGCCAUCAGGUCCUACUACUGCAAGUGCAACUGAGGAGGGCGCGGGGCCGCUCGGGGCUGCUCCAUGCAGCAGAACGGGGGGGGGAAACCGGUCAACGUAGGUCAACACCGGUCAGUGUGGGGCAUUGUGAGUCAACGUGCACCAACGCGGGGUAACAGCAGUCAGUGUGGGUCAACAUCAGUCAACGUGGGUCAACACCGGUCAACGUGCAUCAACGUGGGGUAACAACAGUCAGCGUGGGUCAACACAGGGCAGCGUUCGUCAACGUGGGUCAGCACCAGUCAACGUGGGUCAAUGUGAGUCAACGUGCACCAACAUGGGGUGACAACAGUCAGUGUGAGUCAAUACCAGACAACGUGGGUCAUCAUGAGUCAACAUGCGCCAACGUGGGGUGACAACACUCAAUGUGUGGGUCAACACCAGUCAACGUGGGUCAUCGCGUGUCACCACGCACCAACACAGGGUAACAACAGUCAAUGUGGGUCAACGCCAGGCACCACUCGGCAGCGUGGGGCAGCACUCCUCAGCGCGGGUCAAGCACCAGUUAAUGUGAACCAACACUCGUCAAUCGGGGUCCACGCAAGUGAGUGCAGCUCAGCGCAGGCUGGGAGUAGUCAACGUGGGUCGAUGUGGGUCAACGUAGUCACCACCACGAGAGCCAUGGCCUCAUCCUGCAGCCCCACACAUCACGAUGAGUGGACGCAGAUCACCACCGGUCAGCGCACAUCAUGUCACGUCCAAGAGAGCCCCCGUGGGCCAACGCAAGGCCCUGUGGAGUGACGUGAGCCAGCGCGCAUCCACGUGUCUAUAGGAUCAGCACCAGCCCCGCCUGACCCCACGGACCACAAACAGAUUAGCAGUGAGAGGGGGGCGUGUGGCAGUGCCUGCCCCCCCCCCUGCCCUGACCCCACACAGCUCUGAGCGCAGCCAAUAAAGCCUUGAGGAUGUGCAGCUCCUGCCUUGCCGCUACUUUAUUUGGGGGAGAUGAGGCAGAGGCAGCAGCAGCAGCUUUAGGGUGAUCUCAGGCGGGUCCCCAUCCCUACCACCCCACGGUGCCCCCACCGCCCUCCCCAAAAACCACAGUGGGACACGGCGCUCUCCAAAAGGACACGUGUAAUCUCCAGGGGGCCCCAUAGCGGCCCUGGGGCACUCCAGCACGGUGGCAUUACAAAACGACAAUAUAAAUAGCUUUGUUAAAAAACAAAACAGAAACAAAAAAGUGUUGGGGGGGGGGGGGGGAAGGGGAACCCA